UCCCUCUCUUUGUGCUGGCCGGCCCCGGGAGGUGGAUGGUUCUUCUAUAACUUUUCCUGCUCCAGUCGAACCCGAGCGGCCGGUGCCAGAGCGCAGCCGCUUCGCCGUGCAGUGCGGACGGGGAUGCGCGCCUCUCCUCCGGGUCGGAGAGCGGAGCGGCUAUGAGGAGAGACGUUCACCUGCUGGGCUAACGGAACUGGACCACACCGCAACAACAGAAUGCGGGAACGGGGCCCAUGCAUUUGCGGAGUAGGUGUGUGGAGUCUACUUCUGUCCCUCUGCCUGGCCUCCCUCACGCACGCACACCGCAGCCACACAGUGCACGUGAAGGCGGGAACAUGUGAGGUGAUCGCCGCCCAUCGCUGCUGCAAUAAGAACAAGAUCGAGGAGAGAUCUCAGACCGUCAAAUGCUCCUGUUUCCCUGGACAGGUUGCUGGCACCACUCGAGCGAUGCCCUCCUGUGUUGACGCCUCCAUCGUAGCCCAGAAGUGGUGGUGUCAGAUGCAGCCGUGUAUGGAAGGCGAGGAGUGCAAGGUUCUCCCAGACCUCACAGGAUGGAGCUGCAGCACAGGCAACAAAGUCAAGACCACCAAGGUGACCCGAUAGUCCUGCUCAUCUCAAGGCGGCGAGCGAGGGAUGGAGUUGGAAAUACUGACACAGCACAAUGGACCUAUCAAGCUGAGAGGAAACACACUCAGACGGACUUCUACGAGGAAUCAGCAUCUGUUUCAUUUUCCCGGGGACAUGUAUCUCAGAGAUGCUGGCUGAAGAGAGAGGACUCUGACGCUGUCGGCCAUCACUUUAAACACAACUGAGUGUCCUCGGUCCUUCAUACGGGAGGACUGCUUCUCCCUCAAUCCUUUAAUGCUUCUACGAUCGAUAACAGAAUGAACUAUGACCUAAACAGCACUUGAUUAGAUGACUUUAAAUGAAAAAAAAAAAAAACAUCUUUACAACAAUCUAUAUUCACCAUCUCUCUUCUAUGGCUGAGUUGUGUUCCAUAUGCAUUCUGGGAAAUGGGGGGAUCUGGACUUGGGCCAGUCGUCCUGUAUUACAACCAACAUGAAAAAAAAAAACAAAAAACGAAUGGAUCCAGACUUGUCUGAUGUAGUCUGGAAGACGCGUUUAAGUUUAAUUGUGCCACAUUUGACACACUCAAUGCUGUCAAAAGGAGCUUUUUCUUUCUUCAGAUUUCACCCUUCAUGAGAAUAUUUUACCCUGAAUAUUUUGUGGCUUACCACAUGCCAUUUUUUUUAAUGCAGAGACAGUUUAUCCAUCUUUUUUUUUUUUUUUUUUUUUUGGUCAUUUAAUUUUUCUUUCUUUUUAGACAAAGGACAAAAAUCCUUUCCGGGAUAAAGUUAGACUAAUACUGAGUAGUUGUUAUGGUAUAUUGAAACAUGUAAACGUGUAAAAAAAAAAAAAAAAAAAAAAAAACAAGAAAAAAGAAAA